UCCUCCACAUCCAGUCCGCCUCGUGAGGGAGGCGCAAAAUGGGAUGUUGACCCAUUUUUCGUCCUUCUCUCCUCCUCAAGAUGAAACCUGAGACCUGGUCCACUUCAGCCAAGUCUGUCCCACGGGCUCCAGCUCCUCCAGCGCCAGCACUGCUCCGCAUUAGCAGGCUUCCAUUGGACUUUUUCAGACUGGAAGCAGCUUUGACAGAACCUUCUGUCCAUCCAAAAUCAGCCCAUUCUGUCCUUUGAACUUCCCUCCUGCUGAACCCGGGUUUGGAUCUGUUUUCAUCAAGAGUUGGUUUUGAACGUUUUUUUUGUUUGUUUGUUUGUUUGUUUGUUUGUUUUUUCUGCAAGACUGUUUUUGAACUGCAUGUAAAGUUUCUUGUUAUUCUUCAUCUUUUUUACACAAAGCAUCAGUCGGGAUGCGGGUUGCCAGGUUGGUAAACUGAACAGACGUCCAGCAUCGCCUGCAUCCCUUCUUUUGUCUUCAUCAUUAAACCUGGGAUGUAAAAAAAAAAAAAAAAAAAGUAAAUACAAAGCAACGUGAGGGCUAUUUGGUCUUCUUCUUUCUUUUUUGUUUUUAUCCACCAAGGGAAUAAACUUUUUUCCAGAAGAUAAAACCAUGGCGAAGUUUUGGCUGCUGAACGUGCCCUUAGUUCUGAUGCUGUUCGGAUUAGUGUUUCUAUCCUCAUCUCCAUCUGCAAGAGCCGAACCUGAGCUGCAGGACGAAGAGGAGGAGGAGAGUUCCUGUCAAGGAGCAUUUGACCUGUACUUUGUGCUCGAUAAGUCAGGCAGUGUGAAGAACCAUUGGGAAGAAAUCUAUUACUUUGUGGAGAAUUUGGCAGUGAAAUUCAAAAGUCCCAUGCUGAGGAUGUCCUUUAUAACCUUUUCCUCAAGAGCAUCUACCAUCAUGAAGCUGACAGAGAACAGAGUGGAUAUCCAAAAGGGACUAAACGCUUUGAAAAGGGAGAUUCCAGGUGGAGACACAUUCAUGCACCUCGGUCUGCAGAGGGCGAAUGAGCAGAUACACCGAGAAAACUUCGGCACAGCUAGUGUGAUUAUUGCCCUGACAGAUGGAGAACUGCAGGAACAUCAGCUUAUCACUGCACAGCAAGAGGCGGAGAGAGCGAGGGCUCUUGGUGCUAUCGUGUACUGUGUUGGCGUCAAAGACUUCAACGAAACACAGCUGGCCACCAUCGCAGACACCAUCGAGCAUGUGUUUCCUGUUCUGGGUGGCUUCCACGCCCUCCGAGGAGUCAUUGAUUCGAUCAUUAAGAAAUCCUGCAUUGAGAUUUUGGCUGCUGAGCCGUCCAGUGUGUGUGCAGGAGAGUCUUUCCAAGUGGUGGUGAGAGGGAACGGUUUCCUCCAUGCCAGGAACAUCAACCAAGUGCUCUGCAGCUUCAAAAUCAAUGACACUAUCACAAUCAAUGAAAAACCAGCCAGUGUAGAAAACACGUUCUUACUGUGUCCAGCUCCUGUCAUCGAUGAAGUUGGAAAGGUGAUUUAUCUGCAAGUAAGCAUGAAUGAUGGACUGUCUUUUAUCAGCAGCAACGUGCACAUCACCACAACAGAGUGUUUUGAUGGAACCAUUCUCCUGAUCACCCUGCUGGUGUUGUUCCUCCUGCUGGCCCUGCUCUUCAUGUGGUGGUUCUGGCCUCUGUGCUGCACUGUGGUGAUCAAAGAACCACCUCCUCCACCUCCUCCUGAGCCUGAGUCAGAUGAUGAAGAUGGCCUGCCCAAGAAAAAGUGGCCGACUGUUGACGCCUCAUAUUAUGGUGGACGAGGAAUCGGAGGGAUCAAGAGAAUGGAGGUGCGCUGGGGAGGAAAAGGCUCGACAGAGGAAGGGGCUAAGCUGGAGAAACCAAAGAAUGCUGUGGUGAAAAUGCCGGAGCAGGAAUAUGAACCCUAUGAGCCCAAACCGAAGAAACCUCAGAACAAGAAGGCGCCUCAGAGCCGGAAGUGGUACACACCCAUCCGGGGUAAAUUGGACGCUAUCUGGGCUCUGUUUCGUCGAGGCUACGACCAGGUCUCUCUGAUGAGACCCCAACCCGGAGACCACGGUCGAUGCAUCAACUUCACAAGAGUAAAAGACGAGUCUGCAGCAGCCAAAGCCCAGCCUCGCACCCCCAUCCACACCCCUUCACCACCGCCGCCCGACUGCCGCCCCGCGACCCGCACCGCCAGCAGUCCCCCCGCCAAGGCGCCCCCUACAGGUCAGCUACCACUGGGGCCGCCACCGACCCGCACGCCCCCGGGGCUUCCGUGCCCACCUCCGUCACGCCCCCCCGCCCACGCUGCGCCCCUGAAUUUCACAGACGAACCUUUCCCACUUCCCCCAACGCACCCAGUUUGAUAUCACAGACUUUAUCGCUCUGUUGACCAGUUCCUUCAGUGUGAAGGCGGUGGUCUUUCACUGCCAAACGUUCUCCUGCUAAAAGCCAAAGAUCAGCAGAAUUUUGAGUCCCACCCUGGUUGUAAUACUCUGUUUAUCUUGUGUGGGAUGGAGUGUGAAGUCAAACUGAUACCUGGUCAUUUUAUGCCAAUUUGGAAAUUCACUUUUAUGGCAAGUCUUUCUGCAGAUUCCUGGAUCAAAUUGGACACAGUUUGUUCUAUUUCUAAAAGCCAAAUUACAGCUCUGGCUCACCCUGAAGUGGACAGAAAAGCAUUUACAGUGUUUAAACCCCUUUUCUUUAUGGCAGAAAGCUAAGGAAAAAAGAUAUGUCAGUGAUUCGGACAUAAAACAGUACAUGCUUUCAUUUGAACAUAUGUUUGGAAACUAAAAGCUAUCAUUAGAGUUGAAAUAUUACAAUGUUCUUUGCUUCUGAGGUGAAAAGCUCACCCUCCCAAAAGGAACUGGACGGUGACAGUUUGGUUUUAUUGUGACAAACAUCAAUUCUGACGGAAAUCCUUUUAGUUUGACUUGGCAUUUCGUCUCAUGCAGAGGUCAAAUGGAGCGAUCGAGGGAAAGAUUUCACUCAGUGUUGGCGUUUAUGUGAUCACGGAGGAUUGUUGCUGGACAGCAAAGCAUGUAAGGACAGGACGUCCACAGAGAAAUAUUGAAAUGGAUGAAAUUUCUUUGUUGUCUUUAUCAACUACUGAGUUAUGCCAUGGUUGUCUAGAGUCAAGUGUAAGAUUGGUUGUGCAUGGAAAUCAGAGUUAAUACCAUUAAAUUGAAAAAAGGUUUAGUGGAUAAGAUUUACAAGGAUUUAGAAGGGUCCAACUGCAGAAGUGGAAUCUUCUCUUGUUCCAUUUUUCUUACCUAGAAUUAUCCGUUUAUAUCUGCAGAGGAGUGGCUCGCCUUUCACAGAGUCCACCGAGUUUCUACCGUUUCUCCAAAUGAACUUCCUCUCUUUUAUAGCGUUAAGGUGUGUUUCUGUCACCUGCUAUAUUAAAUUGUGGAAUAAAGUUAAGUCCCAAAAAUCUGUUUCUGGGUCAGGGUUAGGAGCAUAAGAGUAAUAUUCAAGUAUUAGAUUUUUUUUUUGAAAGGGAACAUCUUUUGUUUUUUUCAUUGU